CCCCAUGACCAAACAGAGAACAGAGCAGCACUCCGAGCUCCUCUCUCACCCUACGCUCAUCUCACCACACCUGGGAUCCACAUCCAGCCGUCCCUCUUCUGCUAUCAGACAACCAAAGGAACCAUGGUGCUCUACCACAGGGAGUUUGACAAGGCAGGCAAGGCAGCCGGUCUCCAGAUAUGGAGGAUAGAGAAGAUGGAGCUGGUCCCUGUGCCUGAGAACCUGCACGGGAACUUCUAUGUUGGGGACGCGUAUGUGGUCCUCCACACUGUCAAACAGCGGGAUAGCUGCUUCUACGAUCUGCACUACUGGCUGGGUAAGGAGUGCAGCCAGGACGAGAGCACGGCGGCGGCCAUCUUUACUGUUCAGCUGGAUGAUUUCCUAGGAGGGAAGCCUGUCCAGUACCGAGAACUGCAGGGGUUCGAGUCCACCGCCUUCACACGAUACUUCAAGGGAGGCAUCACAUACAAAGCCGGAGGCGUGGCCUCUGGGUUCCAUCACGUGGUCACCAACGACCUGUCAGCUCUGAGACUAUUCCACAUCAAAGGUCGCCGUGUCGUCAGGGCAACCGAGGUCACCCUCAACUGGUCCAGCUUCAACAGAGGGGACUGCUUCAUCGUGGACCUGGGAGCAGUUAUCUACCAGUGGUGCGGUUCAGAGUGCAACAAGUUUGAGCUCCUGAAGGCAGCACAGGUGGCUGCCGGUAUCCGUGACAAUGAGAGGAAUGGCCGAGCAAAACUGGUUGUCGUGGAGGAAGGGAGAGAGCCGUCUACGUUAACUGAGGUCCUCGGCAACAAGCCAAAUCUACCAGAAGGUGAUGACAAUGACGAUAUGGUGGCAGAUAUCUCCAACAGGAAGAUGGCCAAACUCUACAUGGUAUCUGAUGCAUCCGGAGCGAUGCAGGUGACCCUGGUCUCAGAGGAGAACCCGUUCUCUCAGAGCCAUCUGCUGUCUGACGAGUGCUUCAUCCUGGACCACGGGAAGAGCAGGAUGAUCUUCAUCUGGAAAGGCCGUAACGCCAACCCCAGCGAGAGGAAGACUGCCAUGAAGACUGCUGAGGGCUUCAUCAAGCAGAUGGGCUACCCACCUAACACACAGAUCCAGGUACUUCCAGAGGGUGGGGAGACUCCUAUCUUCAAACAGUUCUUCCAGGGGUGGAGGGAUAAGAACCAGAGCGAGGGGUUCGGGAAAGUAUUUGUGACCGAGAGGAUUGCUAAGAUACACCAGGUGGAGUUCGAUGCCUCCAAGCUCCAUGAGUCCCAAAGCAUGGCAGCCCAGCAUAACAUGGUGGACGACGGCACAGGGGACACUCAGAUCUUCAGAGUGGAGAGCAGUGGUCGCGUCCCAGUUGACCCAAAGACGUAUGGUCAGUUCUAUGGAGGAGACUGUUACAUCAUCCUCUAUACAUAUCAGAGAGGACAGAUCAUCUACACCUGGCAGGGGGCUAGCAGCACUCUAGAUGAGCUCACAGCUUCAGCCUUCCUAACUGUGGAGCUGGAUCGCUCUCUGGGAGGGAACGCAGUUCAGGUGAGAGUGUCCCAAGGUAAAGAGCCUGCCCAUCUCCUGAGUCUGUUCAAAGACAAGCCCCUCAUCGUGUACAAGAGUGGUACCUCACGCAUCGGAGGCCAGGCACCUGCGGCCCCCACACGCCUGUUUCAGGUCCGACGUAACCUGGGCACCAUCACACGCAUCGCAGAGGUGGAGGUGGAGGCUGGCAGCCUGAACUCUAACGAUGCCUACCUGCUGAAGAUGCCCGCGGGGCAGAGCUACCUGUGGGUGGGUAAGGGCGCCAUCGAGGACGAGGAGCGGGGAGCCCGGUACCUGAGUCAGGUGCUGAAGUGUCAGACACAACGCAUCGUAGAGGGACAGGAACCAGCGGACCUCUGGGCAGCGUUAGGGGGGAAGAAGGAGUACCAGACAUCAGAGAGACUGGAGAGUAGCCGCACUCAACAACCUCGCCUGUUCGCCUGCUCCAACAAGACUGGCAGGUUCAUAAUUGAGGAGGUUCCAGGAGAGUUCAGUCAGGAGGACCUGGCAGAGGAUGACGUGAUGCUGUUGGACGUCUGGGAUCAGGUGUUUAUCUGGAUUGGCAAAGAUGCCAAUGAAGUUGAGAAAACUGAAUCUGUAAAAUCUGCCAAGACAUACAUAGAGACGGAUCCGGGGGUUCGGGAUAAGAGGACCGCCAUAGUGAUGGUGAAGCAGGGUCAUGAACCCCCCACCUUCACAGGGUGGUUCCUGGGCUGGGACAUGGCACGCUGGGACUCACACACCGUGGCCAGGACCAUGAAGACACUGCAGAUUUAGCAUAAAUGAAUCCCAACAGUUAUAACACUGUAAUAACACAGUUUAGACAUUUAUAACAUUCCCUCUGUAUUCAGCCAAGGGUUUACAGAUACUAGUGUGAAAUGAGGGUUAACUAGACAUUCAUGGACUAGUGUUGGGCUAAGGAAGCACAAAGUACUUCACUUGUAUUUGUAUUGGUUUGCUUUACUUUUAGGCCUGCUAUGUGUCAUUUUAUUUGACAUUUGAGUCAUUUAGCAGAUGCUCUUAUCCAAAGCAACAUACUGUAGCGAGUGCAUACGUUCUUUUCUUUUUUCUUGCUGGUCCCCCGUGGGAAUCAAACCCACAACCCUGGCAUUGCAAGCACCAUGCUCUACCAGCUGAGCACACGGGACAUCGUCUGAUGUGCACUGCUUGGACAUCUUUGUUGUUUAAAAAAAAAAAUGAAACCCGAAAAUAUAUGAUAUAUUAUGUUGAUUUGAAUGCAGGUCUUUACAUUUGGACUUCUAUAACUGUCUGGAAAUGAAUGUUGCUAUUUGGUUUUUUAUGAUAGAAAAUGCGUAAAGCCUGCUGAGAGUUUUUCUUCUAAUUUCACAUUUCUGAAGUUGUUCUCAAAUCUAGCCUAGCCUCGCGAGCUUAUGUGAAGGAUUUGAUCAUCAGUCUGGUAAUUACGAGGCUAAAAGUCUAACCCAGGGGAUCCCAACAUUUUUGGCCCACAACACCGUUUUGAUAUCUGAAUAUUCUUGUGACCCCAACCGUGUGAAAAACACAGCCAAUGUUAACUUUUCUUAUUUGACUCUGUGGCAGACAAUUGAAAAACAUUCUAACAUACUUUUAAUGGGAGGCUAUGACAGUCAAUGGCAAAUUAAUCUGACAUAUAAUGUCUCUAACAUCCCCAUCACUAAUGAGAUGGGUGUGCUAGAUGAAUGUCUCAUCGGAGCAUCUCAUAGUCAGGGGGCUUGGUCAACAGUGGUCACGCUCAGACUGUGCUCAUCCCUGCUGACACAUCCAACCUGGGUCGAUAUUUGGUUUUAAUGCAGAUGAGAGCAUGGUUUGCUUUUGAAAGACUCGAAAUCAAUCAAUUAAAUGUAUUUAUAAAGCCUUCUUACAUCAACUGAUGUCACAAAGUACUGUACAGAAACCCAGCCUAAAACCCCAAACAGCAAACAAUGCAGGUGUAGAAGCACGGUAGCUAGGAAAAACUCCCUAGAAAGGAGUUGCUCCGGUUCGUUGCUCUAAAGAGUCCUUUCCUCUGAAUCCACUGAUUUGGUCACUCGUCUGUAGAACGUUUUCUAUUUCCCCUGUAUGCUGGCGUUCAUUUGACCAAAAUGUCUCUUAAAUAGGCAAGGACACACAUUAAAUCCAUUGUGAAUGACAA